AUGUCGUCUAUGACUUUUAGCCAAAAGAUCUUUAAACCUACCCCUCCAGAAAAGGGCAGUUUUCCGUUAGAUCACGAAGGACUUUGCAAAACGUCUAUGGUAAAGUAUAUGAAGUGUUUGUAUAAGGAGAACAGUAAGAAUUCCGAGUGCCGUUUAGAAGCUAAAGAAUAUCUUGAUUGCCGCAUGAAUAACAAUCUGAUGGCCAGAGAGGAAUGGUCAAGGCUCGGCUUUCAAGAUCUUGAAAGUGAAACCGUAUCUGUGGACAAACAGAACUAAAAAUGGUUAAUAUUCUAAUAGGGUGUACAGGGAGUGUUGCCACCAUCAAACUUCCACAUUUAAUUCAAGAAAUUUAUCAGCAAUUUGAAAAGAUUCAUCAUAAUAUCAAGAUUAGGGUUGUCACCACUGAACAUGCAAAGCAUUUCUUUGAUCCCAAAGAUCUUGGAAAUGUAGAUGUUUUUUGUGAUGAGGAUGAAUGGAACGCGUGGAGCAAACGAGGUGAUGAGGUUUUACAUGUUGAACUAGGCAAAUGGGCUGAUAUUCUGUUAAUAGCUCCCCUCGAUGCUAAUUCUCUUGGAAAAAUUGCCACUGGAAUUUGUGAUAAUAUUUUACUCUGCACAGCCAGGGCAUGGGACGUUUCAAAGCCUCUAAUCUUUUGCCCAGCAAUGAACACUAAAAUGUUUAUUCAUCCAAUCACAGCAGUUCAAAUAACAACGUUAAAGUCAUGGGGUUACAUCGAAAUUCCUGUUAUUCAAAAAACACUUAUGUGUGGUGACACUGGUUUAGGUGCAAUGGCUGAAGUGUCUUCUAUUGUUCAGACUGUUAUCGAUGUGGUAGAAAAAAUGUAAUUUUUUUCAAUUUGUAGUUAUGGUGGUUUUUUAAGUGAAAUAAAAGCGUUUAUAACGAAA